GCUCUGGAAAACUUGUUGCUCUAGUUUUCUCCAUCGGAGGCCACCUCCCAGUGAGGGAGUGGCUUGAGUCCUGGGCUGACUCGCUCCUUUCAAAGCGCAGCCUAAGCUAGGCUCCCUCCCGCUUGUUUCUUCCCUUGGCCUAUUUCCAAGCCCCCCUCUUCAUUUUCUUCCUGUCUUGGCUCAUUCACUGGCAGCAGAAAAUCAGUAGAUCUCUGGCAGCUGGCGGCGAAGGAUUGUCUCCUAGUCCGUCGAAACUCGGGACUGCAGUUAAGAAUCGGUGUGGUCUGGCUCUUUUCUCCAUAAAGCCAGAAACCUGGGUGGAAGGGUAGGUCCGAACGCUCGGCGACAGCUAAAGCGCGACACUUUCCUCUUCAAAGCUUUUCGGCAAGGUUGCUGGUGAAGCCACAGUGCCGCGCAGGCGCCGACCUCCCCUUCCGGUCGCUGAAAUUCCCAGAAGGCCCUGCAGUGUCCUAGGGCCGCGGAAGCCACGCCACAGCUUGAGGGAGUCGGAGGGCUCAGCGCUACACCGCGCCGCGCUGCAUUAUGGAACACAGAGUUUAAUAGAAAGCUCGGCAGGGAACGCAUUCCAGACCAAGAUUGCGUUUACCUUGUCUCGGGGGCGGGGCAAGGAAGAGCCGAUCAAGAUUUCGUCAUAAAACCGCGACCCGACAGGCGGCGCCAUCUUCGAACUUGGACUUCCGGAAGGACUUUGGCGCGGGGCAGCCAUUUUGGGGGGUGCUGAUGGAUACCUGCGGGGUCGGCUAUGUUGCCCUGGGGGAGGCCGACCCCGUGGGGAGCAUGAUUGUGGUAGACUCUCCUGGACAAGAAGAACUAAACCAGCUGGAUGUCAAGGCUUCCUCAGAAACGUCCAGUGUGGAGGCCUCCAUCGAGAUGUCACUACCUCCUCCUCUGCCUGGAUUUGAGGAUUCUUCUGACAAGAGGAGGCUUCCUCCAGAUCAGGAGAGCCUCACCAGGUUGGAACAGCAAGAUCUUUCUUCAGAGAUGGCAAAGGUCUCAAACCCUAGGGCCUCAAAGCCUUCCGGGAGGAGAGGUGGUAGGACACCAAGAGGCGCUAAAAGGCCUCAGCAACGUAAACCUCCAUCCGCCCCUCUGGUUCCUGGUCUUUUAGAUCAGUCCAACCCUCUGUCCACCCCCAUGCCUAAGAAACGAAGUCAAAAGUCCAAGGGAGACCUGCUACUAUUGAAGUUGUCCAAAGGCCUAGAUCAGCCAGAGUCUCCACAUCCAAAGAGGCCCCCCGAGGACUUUGAGACCCCUUCUGGGGAACGACCCCGCCGAAGGGCUGCCCAAGUGGUGUCGCUGCCCAACCCAGGUUGGCCUCGAACUUGCGAUCCUCCCAACUCAGCCUCCCGAGUGCUGGGAUUGCAGGCGUGCGCCACCACACCUGGCUCUCCAUCACAUUUUUCACAGACUUCCCCCAGGGCACUUCUGUAUCUUCAGGAACUAGCUGAAGAACUCUCCACGGCCCUGCCUGCACCGCUGUCUGGGCCUAAGAGUCCCAAGGUGAGCAGCCCCACGAAGCCGAAGAAGACCCGGCAAGCAGCCUCUCAGGGUGAAGAAGAUGGACGUGCUCGGGAUGAAGACUUUGUUCUCCAGGUCGAGGGUGAGGAUGAGGAAGAGAGUGAAGCCCCGAGUGAGAACUCAUCUGAUCCUGAGCCUGUCGCACCCCGAAGCACCCCACGGGGACCUGCUGCAGGGAAACAGAAACCACACUGCCGGGGCAUGGCUCCCAAUGGCUUACCCAAUUACAUCAUGGCUCCUGUUUGGAAGUGCCUCCACCUCACCAAGGACCUCCGAGAGCAGCAGCAUUCAUUCUGGGAGUUUGCUGAGUGGAUUCCAGUAGCCUGGAAGUGGCAGUUGUUAUCUGAACUUGAAGCGGCUCCCUACCUGCCCCAGGAGGAGAAGUCUCCCCUGUUUUCUGUACAGCGUGAAGGGAUUCCUGAGGACGGCACAAUCUACCGAAUAAACAGAUUUAGCUCAAUCACAGCACAUCCAGAGCGCUGGGAUGUGUCCUUCUUCACAGGGGGACCGCUCUGGGCUCUGGACUGGUGCCCAGUGCCUGAAGGGUCAGCAGCCUCACAGUAUGUGGCCCUUUUCUCCAGCCCUGACAUGAAUGAGACACACCCACUGAGCCAGCUUCAUUCAGGCCCUGGGCUGCUGCAGCUCUGGGGCCUUGGGACAUUGCAGCAAGAAAGCUGUCCUGGCAACAGGGCCCACUUUGUCUAUGGGAUUGCUUGUGACAGUGGCUGUAUCUGGGACCUCAAGUUCUGCCCCAGCGGGGCAUGGGAACAUCCAGAAACCCUUCGGAAGGCUCCUCUCCUGCCUCGCCUGGGUCUCUUGGCUCUGGCCUGCUCUGAUGGGAAGGUACUGCUGUUCAGUCUGCCGCAUCCUGAGGCCCUCCUGGCUCAGCAGCCCCCAGAUGCUAUGAAACCUGCCAUCUACAAGGUCCAGUGUUUGGCAACUCUUCAGGUGGGGUCUGUACAAGCUUCAGACCCCUCUGAGUGUGGUCAGUGCCUUAGCCUGGCUUGGAUGCCUACCAGGCCUCACCACCACCUGGCUGCUGGAUACUAUAAUGGCAUGGUAGUUUUCUGGAAUCUUCCUACUAACUCGCCCCUCCAAAGGAUACGACUCUCUGAUGGCUCCUUAAAGCUGUACCCCUUCCAGUGUUUCCUAGCCCAUGACCAGGCUGUUCGUACAAUUCAGUGGUGCAAAGCUAACAGUCAUUUCCUGGUGUCUGCAGGGAGUGACCGGAAAAUCAAGUUCUGGGAUCUUCGACGACCUUAUGAACCAAUAAAUUGUAUCAAGCGCUUCUUGAGUACAGAGCUUUCCUGGCUGCUCCCCUACAAUGGUGUCACAGUGGCUCAAGACAACUGUUAUGCCUCUUACGGGCUCUGUGGAAUUCAUUACAUUGAUGCGGGUUACCUUGGUUUUAAGGCCUACUUUACUGCUCCACGGAAAGGCACUGUCUGGAGUCUUUCAGGUUCAGACUGGCUUGGGACAGUAGCUGCAGGAGAUAUAUCUGGGGAGCUCAUUGCAGCUAUUUUACCUGACAUGGCGUCAAACCCAAUCAAUGUCAAGAAACCUGCAGAAAGAAGAUUUCCUAUAUAUAAAGCAGAUCUGAUACCAUACCAGGACAGCCCCGAAGACCAAGACUAUUCCUCGACCUCCUCUGAGACCCCCAACCCUCCCAAGGCGAGAACCUACACUGAGACCAUCAACCACCACUACCUGCUCUUUCAAGACACAGAUCUGAGCUCCUUCCACAAUCUGCUUCGUAGAGAACCGAUGCUUCGCAUGCAGGAAGGAGAAGGGCAUUCUCAGCUUUGCCUGGACAGGCUGCAACUUGAAGCUAUUCACAAGGUACGUUUCAGCCCAAACCUGGACUCCUAUGGAUGGCUGGUAUCUGGGGGGCAGUCAGGGCUGGUUCGGAUCCAUUUUGUCCGUGGACUCACCUCCCCGCUGGCCCACCGUGUACAGCUUGAAAGCCGAGCCAACUUCAAUGCUAUGUUCCAACCAUCCUUUCCAACUGAAGGGCCUGGUUUCUCUCCAAGCAGCCAUUGCCUUCUCCCUAAUCCCUAGUCUGGUCCACACAAACUCUUGGAUUGAAGUCUGCCAAGAACAAAUGGCCCCUAUGCACAGAGCAUAGGACCUGGGCCCUUCCUGGACAGUGAUGGUGCCAGGCCUACAUCUUGAGGCCUACAUGCCCCAAACUCCUUAAAUCCCUCUCCUUCUACAGACUUAUAGUCAUAGCUCCCUGCAGGUAGGGGGGCUCCCCCUCCACAACAAUUCCUAUGCCUAAAACCGUGGCUCACAAGAAACACUCAGGCCAAACCUAGGCUUGGGAGUCAAAUUGCUCAUAUUGAGCAUAUGUGAAGGAGGUAAAGCUAAGUAAAGGCACUGGGUGUUUUUGAGAGCACUUGUGAGUGGGUGUUUGGAGAGUCGGAAAGGACAUCUUCAUGAAGGCUCCUGUCUAUUUCCAGGAUUUGAUAUUAUUGCCUUCCAAUCUUCCUCUUUAGAAUAACCAACACACAGGCCCAGUGGUGGGGACAGUAAUUUAUUGGACUGAAGCUGCUCAUAACUUAACUGUAACCGAGGAGACCAUAAGCACCUGCCAGUAGGACAGCAGCUAGCUCUUAACUUGUUCCCAAUCACUGACAUGGGACACUACUUGAACACUCCUAGAUAGUGUUUUUAAAAUUCUUGAAGCUGGGUAUAGUGGUGCAUACCUGUAAUCCCAGCUCGUGGGAGGCCAAGACAGGAGGAUCACAAGUUUGCGUUCAGUCUGGGCUAUCUCAUAAAACCAAAAAGUUAAAAAAAAAAAAAAAGAAAAGAAAAGAAAAAAGAAAAAAAAAGAUCUUCCUUUAUAUCAAGUCAGAGUAUACCUCUAUUAAUUUUAACUGAUGGGUGUUAGGAAAUAGUCGUUCUUCCCUGCGGCUGCCCUUUUUAGUACUUCACAGUAGCUAUCAUGUGUUUCCCAAGUCAUUUUUUUCUCUAGAUUAAAUAUCUUUAGUUAUUUCAAUCAUUCUUUUACAAGUCAUGAUUUUUGAUCUUUAUGAUAUGGUCACAUUGCUGACAUAUUAAACAUGUUUAAACUCUGUAUAGAAAGUAUUUAGAACCCAAUAAUGUAUUGUUCUCUCAAUUGAGUCCUCUGUGGAUAGCUGCACCUCACAUGACUGAUUACUGCCUUGAAAACACAGGCAGCCCUGUGAUGUGAGAUUGCCAGAUCACAGCCAGGGGACACAUUGAAGUAUACAGGCUGAGGUUGGGAAGGAAGUAGUUAGGCCAUCUUAGGAAAUAGGAAACAAGUAGCCUGUCUCCUCUUAGAUGGGAUGCAGUUGACAUUAGUAUUGCCCUAAACGAAAUCUAGACUUUAGAGCACUCAAGAUGGGUCUGUUAUAUCUGGGGACAGCUUUCUGCCUGAAUAGUGUAGAAGAUUUGUCAAAUGCCAGAAGGUUUUAAGAAGAGAUUUAAGUAGUUGCGUCCCCUUCCUAUACAGAAGAGGAAACAGACCUGUAGGACACAAAGGUCCUUACACAGCAGAAGGACCCACAACUGCAUUAGUGUUAGGAGCCAAGUGUUGUACCACUCUGUUGCGAUCCAGCUCAGGCUGUGUCGGGCUUGCUUUUUGAACUAAUAAAGAAGUGCCUUCCAUUGCA